GGAGGGAGGAAGAGGAAGGAGGGGGCGGCGGCCGCGCGAAGGAUGUUGCGGCUGCGCUGCAAGGCCCGGAGCGGCACCCAGCCGCUGCCCGGUCUCACGGCGCACUCCCGUCUCCGCGACAUGCAGGCCGCCCUGGCCGCCCUCACCGGCGUCCCCGCCCCUGCCCAGCGGCUGCUGCUCGGCUUCCCUCCGCGGAGCCUCGACCUCAGCGACGGCGAGCGGCGGCUGGGCGAGCUGGGCAUCCACUCGGGAGACACGCUCAUCGUGGAGGAGGACACGUCCAAGCCCAGCGCCGGCUCUCCAGUCGUGGCCAAGAGGAUGAUGGCGGUGAGGGAAGCGGUCCCGGUGCUGGCCAGGAGGGUGGUACCAGCUGAUAACUCGUGUCUGUUCACCAGUGUGUACUACGUGGUGGAGGGAGGUGUGUACGACCCCGGCUGUGCCCCGGAGAUGCGCAGCCUCAUCGCACAGAUCGUAGCCAGCGACCCCGAGGCGUAUUGUGAAGCAGUGCUGGGGAAAACCAACAGGGAAUACUGCGACUGGAUCCGGAGGGAUGAAACCUGGGGGGGAGCCAUCGAGGUUUCCAUUUUAUCCAAGUUUUAUCAGUGUGAAAUCUGUGUGGUGGACACGCAGACAGUCAGAAUCGAUCGUUUCGGGGAGGAUGCCGGGUACACCAAGCGGGUCCUGUUGAUCUACGAUGGGAUUCAUUACGAUCCGCUCGAGCGUAAAAUCCCCGACUCGGACGUUCCUCCCCAGACCAUUUUCUCUACUUCUGAUGAUGUUGUUCUCGCACAAGCCUUGGAGCUAGCAGAUGAAGCCAGACGGAAGAGGCAGUUCACUGACGUGAAUCGCUUCAUGCUGAGGUGCAUGGUGUGCCAGAAGGGACUGACGGGACAAGUGGAAGCCAGAGAACACGCCAAGGAGACGGGACACACCAACUUUGGGGAGGUGUGACAACCUGCAUGAGGAUGGUUACAUCUACUACCUCACUCAUCCGGAAUCAAAUUCUGGAUUUCCAGAUAAGCUGUAUGUAAUCACAAAAUUCCGUUCACAGAGCUUGAAAAGCGUAUAAACGAUGGCCAAGAUGCACAGGUUUGUGGGGUUAGUGACUUUUCCAACUGAUCUGAAAUAGGUUGUCUUCUCGCAUGCUAAUUUAGAGUCAUUUAGCAGGUGAAAUACACUGGCAGCUAAAACCUGAUUUCCGAAAUGAUCUUCUCUUUGUGUGUGUGCUCUGAGUGGCCAUACAGAACCAGGCUUGUUCAAUACUAGUGUAAAAAGCGAGCCUCUAAAUUACCGAAUUAAUCUAUUAGUAUUAUGUUUUCAGGGUAAUUAAAUUAAGGGUUUAGGAAAUGUGUGUAUCAGCACUAUUUAUACUAAAAAAUAGACUCUGU